UAGGGGUGCUGGGCGAGACGGCCCUCCACGUGGCCGUGCAGUGCGAGAACCUGGGCGCGGCGCUCGCCCUCCUGGACGCGGAGCCCACGCUCAUCAACGAGCCCAUGACCUCCGACCUCUACCGGGGUCAGACGGCGCUGCACAUCGCCGUGCUCAACCAGAACGUGAACCUGGUGCAGGAGCUGCUGCUACGCGGGGCGGACGCGGAGUCGUCGCGCACCACCGGCUCCUACUUCACCGGCAAACACCGCAAGCACACGCACUACGGCGAGUACGUGCUGUCGUUCGCCGCAAGCACGGGGAACCUGGAGCUGGUGCGACUGCUCCUGCAGCACGGGGCCAGGGUCAGCGCGCAGGACUCCCGCGGCAACACGGUCCUCCACACGCUGGUGCUCCAGACGAACCGCAUCAUCGCUUGCCAGAUGUACGACUUCAUCCUGGCGAGCACGCAGUGGGGCGAGGGCGAUGUUUGCCCCGAGUCGAUUCUCAACCACCGCGGCUACACCCCGCUCAAGCUCGCCGCGGCCAAGGGCAACGUGGUGAUGUUCCAGCACCUGGUGAAGCGUCGCAGAGUGGUGCAGUGGUCGCUGGGCACCGUGACGUCCACCCUGUAUGACCUCAGCGAAAUCGACUCGUGGGAGGACGAUCGCUCGGUGCUGGAGAUCAUCACCACGAGCCACAAGCGCGAGGCUCGCCAGAUCCUGGAGGUGACCCCCGUGAAGGAGCUGAUCAACAUCAAGUGGACGCGGUACGGGCGGCGCUACUUCCGCAUGUGGACCAUGCUCUACAUGGUCUACAUCAUCAGCUUCUCGCUCGCCUGCAUCUACCGGCCCCUAAUGAUGCGCACAGACAACGCCACGGACCCACGCGACGACGUCAUCCUCGUCCAGAAACCCCUGUCCGAGAGCUACCAAACACAGCUGGACUUUGUGCGUCUCGGGGGUGAGAUCAUAAGCAUCCUGGGGGCCAUCACCAUCCUCCUGCUGGAGAUCCCGGACAUGAUCCGCAUCGGGUUCUCGCGCUACUUCGGAAACAUUGUGACCGGAGGGCCUUUCCACAUCAUCAUGGUGUGCUACGCGUGCCUCGUGGGACUGCUCUUCGUCAUGAGGCUCGCGGGCGCCCAGGGGGAGUCCGUGCCCAUGUCGCUGGCGCUGGUGCUCGGCUGGUGCUACACGCUGUUCUUCGCUCGCGGGAUCGAGAUGCUGGGCUCGUUCACCGUCAUGAUACAGAAGAUGCUGUUCGGGGACGUGUUCCGGGUGUGCUGGCUCAUGUUCAUGGUCCUCAUGGGCUUCACCUGCGCAUUCCACCUGACCUUUCAGACGAUGAAUCCUGAAAAUUGGCCACAGUGGCAGAGCUUUGUCAGCGUGUGGUUCACCAUGUUCCAGCUCUUUCUUGGCCUGCUCGACAUUCCAAUCAACUACGACCUCAACACGCCCGAGAUCAUCAAAAUCCUUUACGUCUUCUACAUGAUUUUUGCCUUUCUGCUCAUGAUCAACCUGCUCAUCGCCUCUAUGGGAGACACCCACUGGCGAGUGGCACAGGAGCACGACGAGCUGUGGCGCACGCAGGUGGCGGCCAGCACGAUCCUGCUGGAGAGGCGGAUGCCUCGCGCUCUGUGGCCCAGAAUCGGCUGGUUCGGAGGAGGCUACGACCUGGAUAAGCGCUGGUUCCUCCGGAUAGAAGAAUGCAGCGACAACGCCAUGCACAACAUCAAGAGCUACACGAGCCGCAAUCAAAAAUCGAAGCCAAAGGGCGGCAAAGGCGCCGCGGAGGCGGAGGGGCCCGAGGAGGAGUAUGGGAGCGACAACUACACGUACAGCCCCGCCAAGCAGGAGCCGCAGCAGCUGCAGCUGCUAAUGGUGCCGCCCUCCAUCUUCGCCGGCCGCUCGUCAGGCCGCGGCUGGCAGAUCCUGCGAGAAACCGUGUUCCGCAACCGGCGCUCAAACUCGCAAACGUCGCAGGACCAGGCCCCCGAGGUCGUCUACCAGAUCUGAAUGCGGCCGCGCCUAACCCAGCGGCACGCGCCACAGUUUUGACGCAGGAGGGGGCUUUGUUCUUGUUUCUUCUCUCGACUUGGCAGAUCUGUGGGUUCCAGUUUUGUGCCAAGGGGAAUGAAGUGUGAGGUAAUCGCACCGAUUUUUUUACAAAAAAAAGCAAUCCCACACUUGUAGUGCAAGGCGACGAUUUCGACCGGACGGCUUUGGACCAAUUCGAUGGCCACUUCUAAUUUAAAUACCGUAGCUACUAUUGUUAAAUAAAAUAGAACCCUUCCUGAGACCAGCUACAAUUUUUCAAGUAUUUCAGGCACGAGCCCCCUCCCCCCCCCCCCCCCUGCUGAUCACAAAACAAAGCAAGCGGCUUCCAGAAUCAGCAUCAGAAUCUGUAUUUAUACUGAAAAAAUCCGAUGAGCUCUAAAGCUCUUUGUCCAUAGACGUUCAGUAGAGGCGGGUAACUUUUGUGCCACGCGGCGCAGUGAACGCGCUGGGGGCCACGAGGCAGCGGAACCUCGCCAGGCGACGUCGCUCGGCGUUGCUGGCAUUCAAGCAAAACGCCGGUCACGCUUAGCCCGUAGGAUCGCUCGCUUGCUCGUACGCAGGCAAUGAAUUUGGCGCCUGCUGCAUCCAACCAGCAUCUCUUUUGCAAUCGCCACUGAGUGGGCUCAAAAACUAUUCCGGCCAGCGAUCACUGAGCGAGGCGGUUGGAGCAGUUUUUGGUGCAUCUCGCCAUCUGAACCCGACAACAAACAAGAUAAAGCUCCCAAAGUUCGAUUGCCAGCCGUGGCUAAUGUCAGUUGGUGGGUGGAAUAUCUGAACCCGGUCCUGAGCGCCAACACCCCCCCCCCCAACACCGACAGGAAUGGUGAAGCAUGGUCAAAUAAUCCCUUGUGACUGAUGCAUUUAGGGGGGGGGGGAGGCCUUGAGCCAGCGGUGGAUAGAACAUGACUGUACAAUGUAAUGUCACUGUAUUAUAAGGUGAAAUGCCGACUUUUGUAACUAGGAACAAGAGGCUGUCUCUGCGAUGGAGGCAGCUCGACGGCUUAAGGGGCGAUGUAAACUCUCUGAUGGGUUUGACAAGCCCCUCUGAUGUUCCAGUGUUGUCGCUGCCAAGUGCAGGAGCAUUGAGGUUUGGCCUGGCAGAUGAAAGGCCUCCAAAUAAAUUCCUGCAAUUCAAGAAAAAUCCUGAAUCAAUGUGAAAUUAACUCAUCUGUACUGCGGGGCCCUGUCUGUACUGCGGGGCCGUCUGUAGUGCGGGCCCUGCCUGUACUGUGGGCCCUGUCUGUACUGUGGGGCCCUGCCUGUACUGUGGGCCCU